AUAACCAAUAGAAUAUAGAUAAACACAUGAUUUUCACUUCAGUUGAUCCUUCUCCACUUUCAACUAUAUAUAAACACACACAUAUAUUCAGCUCAUAGCUGAAGCUUGACUAACCAGAAAAAUGGCAGCAGAAAUGGCUCUAGUAAAACCCAUUUCAAUUUCCAAACUAGGGAACUACCCAAAACCAAGAAUUCCACAAACAAAAUUCUUCAGAAUUAGUAUGUCAACCACUAGCUCCACACCCACCACAAAGAGUUCAUCAAACAAAGGUCCCAAGAAAGGAAUAAAGGAGUCACUUUUGACUCCAAGGUUUUAUACGACUGAUUUCGAUGAAAUGGAGACACUUUUCAACACUGAUAUCAACAAGAAUCUGAAUGAGGCUGAGUUUGAAGCGUUGCUCCAAGAAUUCAAGACUGAUUAUAACCAGACUCAUUUUGUGAGGAACAAGGAUUUUAAGGAGGCUGCUGAUAAAAUACAAGGCCCAAUGCGUCAAAUUUUUGUUGAGUUCUUGGAGAGGUCUUGCACUGCUGAGUUUUCGGGGUUUCUUCUCUACAAGGAGCUUGGAAGAAGACUCAAGAAAACUAACCCUGUGGUAGCUGAGAUUUUCUCUCUUAUGUCAAGAGAUGAAGCCAGGCAUGCUGGGUUUUUGAACAAGGGUCUGUCAGACUUCAACCUGGCACUGGACUUGGGAUUUUUGACAAAGGCCAGAAAAUACACCUUUUUCAAACCAAAGUUCAUUUUCUAUGCAACAUAUUUGUCUGAGAAAAUUGGGUACUGGAGAUACAUAACCAUUUACCGUCAUCUCAAGACCAACCCCGAGUACCAACUCUAUCCAAUUUUUAAGUACUUUGAGAACUGGUGCCAGGAUGAGAAUCGACAUGGGGAUUUCUUCUCAGCAUUGAUGAAGGCACAGCCACAAUUCUUAAACGACUGGAAGGCAAAGUUGUGGUCACGCUUUUUCUGCUUAUCGGUUUAUGUCACAAUGUAUCUAAAUGAUUGCCAGAGAUCUGCCUUCUAUGAAGGCAUUGGACUUGACGCAAAGGAAUUUGACAUGCAUGUCAUCAUUGAGACAAACCGCACCACUGCAAGAAUUUUCCCAGCUGUUCUUGAUGUUGAGAAUCCUGAAUUUAAGAGGAAAUUGGAUAGGAUGGUGGAGAUCAACACAGAACUUCUAGCAAUUGGUGAUACCGAUGACAGUGGUUUUUUGAAGAAUUUGAAAAGGAUUCCACUUAUUGCAGCACUGGCUUCUGAGCUCUUGGCUGCAUAUCUCAUGAAACCCAUCGACUCUGGUUCUGUUGACCUUGCAGAGUUUGAAACCCAACUUGUUUACUGAGAUUACUUUUUGCACAAGCAUUGAUCUUAUUUGAAGGUCUUUAUGUAUAUGUAGUCAUAGUUGUCCUGAAGAAAGCAGUGUAAGCAAAACCGAGAAAACUCUUUGAAUGGCAGUGCACCAUUGUAUUUAUGUAAUUUUAUUGAAAUUUUCUUGAA